CUCCCCACCCCGCACGUCUCUCAACUCAUAUCCCCCCGAUUCCCCUCCCCGAUCGAUCGUGUUCGUUGCUGGGACGGAGCGAGGACUGCCGCUGUGCUGCUGGCCUACGCCCGCGCCCGGGGGCCUGAGGUGAGCGCGCGCCCCGAUGGAUCGCUGCCGGAAGCGCCCCGACUCCGACCCCGGCGGCUCCGGCGAGGCCGAGACCCCCGCCGAUAAGCGCCCCUGCACCGCCGAGCCCUCCACCUCCGCCGCCGCCGCGCCCGCGCCGCCGGAGCAGGCCGCCUCCGACAUGGACACCUCGUCCUCCGGCCACGCCGCCGAGGCCGACGCCGAUGCCGAUGUGGACGGCGACGAUGGGGACGGGGACGGGGACGGGGAUGGCGGGUCGUCUUGUGAGUCGGAUGGGGACGGGGGGCCCGGGAGCGGCAAGUUCCGCCGGAUGGUGGCGGCCGUCGCCUCGGAGGGCGCCGGGGGAGGCGCGCUGCUCGCGUCGCUCACGGAGCUCUGCGAGGCGCUCUCCUUCUGCACCGAGGACGCCGGGGGCUACUUCCCUGUCGAGUCCGCCGCGCGGGCGCUCGUGCGGCUGGCCGGCGCCGACGUCGCCAGCCCCGACGAGCUGCUGCUCGCCGUGCGCGCCAUCACCUACCUCUGCGACGCCAUGCCGCGCGCCGCCGACGCCGUCGUCCGCCACGGCCUCCUCCCCGUGCUCUGCUCCCGCCUCCUCGCGAUCGAGUACCUUGAUGUGGCCGAGCAGUGCUUGCAGGCGUUCGAGAAGAUAUCGCUGCGGCAGCCGGCGCAGUGCUUGCAGGCAGGCAUGAUAACCGCCGUGCUGGCAUACAUUGACUUCUUCUCUGCAAGUAUUCAGAGGGUUGCUGUCUCAGCUGUUGCAAAUGCCUGCAAGAAGGUCCCCGCAGAUUGCUCCCAGUUUGUGAUGGAUUCGAUCCCAAUGCUGUGUAAUCUACUGCAGUCUGAGGACAAGAUGGUUCUUGAAAAGGUUGCAACUUGCCUGAUAAGCAUUGUAGACUCUUUUAGUGGUUCAGUGGAGCUUCUUGACCAGCUCUGCCACCAGGGCCUGGUAGAGAAGGUCCUUCCUUUGAUCAACGCCAGCGGACUCACUUCCCUUAACCCAUCAACUUGCAGUAACUUGAUCGGGCUUCUUGCUAAGCUAGCCUGUACUUCACUUGUGGCAGUGAAGUCUCUCUUUGAGUUGAAUGUUGGUAGCACCAUAAGGGGGAUUUUGGUCAGUUCAGAUCUCUCCCAUGGGAUGCCAUACCUGCCUUCGGAAAACCAAAAUAACCAGGUUAAUGAAGCUCUGAAAUUAGCAAUCCAGCUUAUUCCUUCUGCGGCAAGAGAUGUUGAAGACACCUAUAUAGUACUUGCUAAAGAAAAAAUAAUUGUCGAUGAACCAGGGUUCUUGUGUCAGUUCUCUACGGAUAUCCUUCCUAUCUUGAUCAAGGCAGUCAACUCUGGUGCAAAUUCGUACAUUUGCUAUGGCUGUUCUUCAAUUGUAAAUAACAUCUGUUACUUCAGUAAACCUGAAAUGCUUCAAGAGUUGCUCAAGGAAACAAACAUAUCAAGCUUCUUGGCUGGUUUAUUGUCCCGGAAGGAUCAUCAUGUGCUAAUCUCAUCACUGAAGAUUAUCGAGAUUCUCAUGCAAAAGCUUCCGGAUGCUUACCUUGGAUCUUUUAUCAAAGAAGGUGUUGUCAAUGCAGUAGAGGCUCUUCUUAUGCAAGAGGAUUGCUCAAAGUCCAGCCCCCCUCUCUCUGAUGACACUCAACAGUCAGAAAAUCAACCUGUUAUAAGAAAUAAACCUACAUGUUUCUGCUAUGCAUUUGAUUCCCGCCAAUCUGAAUCUGCUGAAACAAGGGCUUGUAGGAUUGGGCAGGGGAACCUUUUUAAUUUCGCAAGACAUGUGAAGACAACUUACUUUACAGCUGAAGCAGUGAAUUCAGAGAUGGGGUUAACAGAGAUUUUGCAGAAGCUCAAAACUUGCUGUGCAGUUCUAAAUGACUCUGCCGACAAGUCAUUCAACCAAGACAGUCUUCAAAAUGAAGAACACCUGUCUACCAUUUUGAGCGAGGUGAUGAUGGAGCUUCACGGAGGAGAAACAAUGACGACGUUUGAAUUCCUUGAGAGUGGACUGGUCAAAUCUUUGUUAAAUUACCUGUCUAACGGCAAAUACCUUCAGGUGGAUGACAAUCUUAAAGAUUACAAUGCUGAACAUUUUUGUGCUGUGCUGAAAAGAUUUCAGUCAUUUGCCCGGAUUUGUUUCUCAAGAAUGGAGCAAGGUUGGGGUGAUAUGCUCUUGACACUACUUGUAAGGAAACUGCAGAAUGCUCUUACUUCUCUUGACAACUUCCCAGUGAUAAUGAGCCACAAUUUCAAGCCAAGGAACAAUAUUUCUGAUAUCCCUAUUCGCCACUCAACAAUUAGUCCAUGUAUCCGAGUACGUUUCAAGAAGGAUGAAGAUGAAACAAACUUAUCAAGCUAUGAUAAUUCUGUGAAUUUGGAAAUCUCUUCUUCCUUGCAUUCUAUCGAACAAUUUCUGUGGCCCAAAGUCAGUACAUGCACAAGUGAUCAGAAUACUGAAUCACCACCUAGUAGUGUUGCUUUCGAGAGCAAAUGUGCUGAAGAUGACCCUCAGGAAAGAGAUUCCAGCCCAGAAUCUUCUCCUUCAUCAGAGGGUAUCAUCAGGGAAAAUCAAAAUUCUUAUGUAGAACCAUGCUCGAAGAAAGGGUCGCCAUCUUCCGCUGGAGGUCAACCAGAACGAAACAAGUCGACCGGGACUGAUUGUGCUUUUCAGCCAAAACUGGUAUUUAGCCUGAAAGGAAAAGAGCUUGACCGAUCUGUUACUCUAUAUCAAUCAAUCCUGCAGGAUCAGAUCAAUGCGGGAGCUGAUGUAAUUUUGGACACCCAGUUUUGGCGCAGUGUGCAUGACAUAACAUUUCGAACAGCUGCAAAUCCAGAAAAAGACGAUUCUCCUGAGAACCUGUCUAAUGCAGCGAUAUCAACAAAUGACAGUAAAACUGGUUUAAUGUGGCAAGCACUCCCUUUCUUCAGCAGCUUGUUGCUUGGCAAGAUCCCUUGCAAACUUGAUAGAUCAAAUUCAUUGUAUGACAUAUUGUUUAUGCUGAAAGUUUUAGAAGGAUUAAACCGAUACUCGUUUCACCUCGUGUCUAAUGAGAGAAACCAUGCUUUUGCUCAAGGGAAGUUAACUGACCUUGAUGAUCUGAAGCCUUCUGUUUCUUCAGUUCCACUGCAGGAGUUUGUUAGUGCUAAAUUGACAGAUAAACUGGAGCAACAGAUGCAUGAUCCCUUGGUUUUAAGGUCUCGCUGUCUGCCUUUAUGGUGCACUGAACUGAUGUCUGCGUGCCCUUUCUUAUUUUCCUUUGAGGCAAGAUGGAAGUAUUUCCAACUGACAUCAUUUGGUUCUUCAUCAAUGCAACGUGGUCAUAUGAUAGAUACAAGUGGUAGCAAUAUAUCAACAGAAAGAGGUUCACCCAUUUCACGGAAAAAGUUCAAAGUUGAUCGUGAUGAUAUACUGGCUUCAGCUGCGAAAAUGAUGCAUUCCUAUGCUAAGAGUAGUGCACUGCUUGAAGUAGAAUAUGAAGAAGAAGUAGGCACAGGUUUAGGUCCUACAAUGGAGUUCUAUACGUUGAUAAGUCAUGAGUUUCAGAAGUCUGGUUUAGGCAUGUGGAGGGGUGAGCUUUCUUGUGAAGCUGGCACCAACAAUGCUCACAUUGGGACUGUGGUCGCGCCUAAUGGAUUGUUUCCUCGACCGUGGUCUGCUUCUGUAGAUUGUGCUUCCUUCUCGGAAAUAAAUAAAAGAUUUCACCUCCUUGGUCAGGUUCUCGCAAAGGCAAUUAAGGAUGGCAGAAUUCUUGACAUUCCAUUUUCCAAAGCAUUUUACAAGCUUAUCCUAGGACAGGAGCUUAAUAUAUAUGAUAUCAAUUCAUUUGAUCCUGAACUCGCAAUGACCCUUAUGGAGUUUAAAGCGCUUACUUGUCAAAGGAAAUAUUUAGAAUCAUGUUCGACAAGGGAAUGCCAGAGCACAUCUGAUUUGUCUUAUCGUGGUUGUAAAAUUGAGGAUCUUGUUAUUGACUUUGCUGUCCCAGGGUAUCCAGAAUAUGUGCUUUCUUCAGAGGGUACUUCAGACAAUGUAACUGGUGAGAAUUUGGAAGAAUAUGUUUCUUUUGUUGUCGAGGCAACGGUUAAAAGUGGAAUCACAAGACAGCUGGAGGCUUUUGAGUCAGGAUUCAGUCAGGUAUUUCCACUAAGCACACUUCGGGCAUUCUCAGAGGAUGAGCUGGAGAGAUUACUCUGCGGAGAACAAGAUAACUGGGAUUUUGUGAAACUUGUGGAUCACAUAAAAUUUGAUCAUGGCUACACCUCCAGCAGUCCUGCAGUCCUUAAUUUGUUAGAGAUCAUACAAGAGUUUGGAUGCCAUGAACGCAGAGCUUUCUUGCAAUUUAUAACGGGUUCACCUCGGCUCCCUCCAGGCGGUCUGGCUGCACUGAAUCCAAAUUUGACAGUUGUCAGGAAGCAUAGCAACAACGAUGCUGAUGAUGAUCUGCCAAGUGUGAUGACUUGCGCUAACUAUCUUAAGUUACCUGCCUACUGCUCUAAGGAAAGGAUGAGGGAGAAGCUACUCUACGCGAUUACUGAGGGGCAGGGGUCCUUCCACCUGUCCUGACUGGAAACCGAUACUGACACUGGCUGCCCGCGCCACACGCAGGAGAAACUCGCGCGUGGUUUUGUAAGUAUAUCAUGUAGGGAAACAAUAUACGUAGGUGUGGGCGGCUCGCUAAACUUACGACAUGAUUGGGUGUGGAGCUGAUGAUAGGAGGGGAAGAAGCAGAGGGUUCCCCGUCAGCCAGUCUUAUCUAUCCUUGCCUGUACAUACUAGUGGUAGUUUUAGGUGUGCUCUCGAGUGUUGGCGAACAUGACGACCAUCGACUUAGAUCACUGCUAUUUAUGUGGCUGAUCUUUUGCUGUACAUACACAUUGGCUGCAAGUGCCAUUGCUAUCUAUCUAUAUAUCGUUCUCAGCCGGUGUUUGCCUGCUGCAUCC